AUGACUGCUUAUGGUUUCCUCUUCCUUUUCACUUUCCUUACCAGCCUAAAACCUUCUGUACAGCAACACAGACCGACUUACGUCGGUUAUGUUUGUCAACCAGAGAAAACUUACCUAAAAAACAGCGCAUACUCCUCAAACCUCGAAACACUUUUGUUCUCUCUUUCUUCAAGGUACAAUCAUUCUUUCUCCUAUGGAUUCCAACGACUUACAGAGGGACAAAAUCCUGACAUGGUAUUCGGACUUUUCCUCUGUCGUGGAGACGUAUCGGUUGAAAUAUGCCGUGACUGCGUCAGCUUUGCCGUCAAGGACACUCUGAAUCUGUGUCCAAAUGAAAAGGAAGCUUUGAUUUAUUAUGAUGAAUGCAUGCUUCUAUACACUGACCGCAGUAUCCUCUUGGAUCCUGUAACUAAAACUGGAGAUCUGAUGGUAGUAAACCAACAUAAUGGUAAGAAAAACCAACCUGUUCGGUUCAGUAAGGUGGUCCUUUCUUUGAUGAACGAAGCUGCAGAGGAGGCUACUGCUAGUCCAAGAAAGUUUGCGUUCAAGAAGGAGACCUACGCACCAUCUCAAACGGUUUAUGUAUUAGUUCAGUGCAUGCCUGAUCUGACACCAGUGAUGUGCUCAAGCUGUCUGCAACAAACCAUCAAAAACUUGUCUCGUGACAAAAUGGGAGCAAGACUUCUUUCCCCGAGCUGUACCUUAAGGUACGAUAUUUACCCUUUCUACAAUGAAACCUAUCAAGAAGUUGCCUCUGACGAUAUGCCUGGAAAAGAAGAGAACUCCAUGCGAGUUAUAAUAAUAGCAAUUGUGGUGCCGCUAGCUGUCUAUGUUCUUCUUUUUUUAGUUAUUUCUAGCUUCUAUGUAACAACGAGAAUGAAGAAUAUUUACGAGACAGCAACUGCAGAUGGUGGUAAAAAUUCCAAAAUACACUACAACUUAGAAAGUUUUAUGAAGAUUAAUGCUUUUAAUACAUAUGAAUUUUCAGGUGGGGAUGAUAUUACAACCGCUGGCUCAUUGCAGUUUGAUUUUAAAGCUGUUGAAGCAGCAACCGAUUAUUUUUCUGAAAGAAACAAACUCGGUCAAGGUGGAUUUGGAGAAGUUUACAAGGGAACAUUUCCUAAUAGAUCACAAGUUGCGGUGAAGAGACUAUCGAAAACAUCGGUACAAGGCGAAAAAGAGUUCAAGAAUGAGGUAAUUGUUGUGGCAAAGCUUCAGCACCGAAAUCUAGUCAGGCUUCUCGGAUUUUGUUUUGAAAGAGAAGAGAAAAUACUCAUCUACGAGUAUGUGCCUAACAAAAGUCUUGAUAACUUCCUCUUUGACUCUACACUAAAAGCGAAGCUAGAUUGGACAAGAAGGCACAAUAUCAUUAGAGGAAUUGCUCGAGGGGUUCUAUACCUUCAUCAAGAUUCACGACUCACAAUCAUUCAUCGAGAUCUCAAAGCAAGUAACGUCCUCUUGGACACUUCUCUGAACCCAAAAAUUGCUGAUUUUGGAAUGGCUAGGAUUUUUGGAAUAGACCAAACAGAGGCCAGUACAAGAAGAGUAGUGGGAACCUAUGGCUAUAUGUCUCCGGAGUAUGCAAUGUACGGCCAGUUCUCCAUGAAGUCAGAUGUCUAUAGCUUCGGGAUCUUAGUCCUUGAGAUCAUUAGCGGCAAAAAGAAUAGCAGUCUCUAUAAAAUGGAUGGUCAUGCUGGAAAUUUGGUAACAUAUACUUGGAGACUUUGGAGAGAUGGAUCGCCAUUAGAGAUAGUGGAUCCAUCCUUUCAAGAGAAUUGUCAAGUAAACGAAACUAGCAGAUGCGUCCAUAUAGCUUUACUAUGUGUUCAAGAAGAAGUUGAAGAUCGUCCAACUAUGUCAGAAAUAGUCCAGAUGCUCACUACUAGCUCAAUUGCUCUUCCCGUUCCUCAACCACCUGGAUUUUUCUUACGGAUGAAACCUGAGAAAGUAAGGGAAGCAGGUCCAACAAUGGAUUCGUCUGCUCUCUGUUCUGUCGAUGAUGCUUCAAUUACUCGUUUAACUCCUCGUUGAAGACAAAACAUUUCACAAUUAGUUGAAAUGCUUCCACUAUUGUUCAUUUCCUAUAAGUUCCCAGCAAGUAAGUACACUAUACUCUUUUUAUGAAGGAGAAAGAUACAGAAUGGUUGGAAUAGAGAUGUGUAGUUAAUUAUGG